UAAUGCAGUAACUUUAUAAAGGAAAUUCUCAGUCCACUUCUAUGAGACAAACAGUAAGAUCUUACUCUACCUGUUACAGAGGCUAAGGAACAGCGACCACCUCGACGCCGGAGCGACUAACGAUAACGCAAACGGGUUAGCUGGCAACGCGGAGCCGCGCGGAACAUCUCUACUUGCACCCAAUUAACGGACUAACCGGUAAGCGUCGGGCUUAAAUUCGAGCAUCGAAUCACGCCAAUGAAGUCUGCGAAUUAAGUGCUCGUGAUUCCAGGGUUUGAAAUAUGGAUGACGGAGAUGCUGCCAAGAGCGAGUCCGAGUGGCCGGACAGGGACGCCUGCGACGAUGAGGAAGCUCCGAUUACGACCACCACGAAGAACGCGUUGAUAACGACGCAGCUAGGUCCGUGCGACGUCUAUCCACAUCGCGUCAAGGUGUCGAUCGUUGGCGUAGGGAAGGUUGGGAUCGCCUGCGCCCUCGCUAUCCUCAUGAGAAGGAUGGCAAGCGAGGUAUGCCUGAUCGACCACGAUGCGAACAAGGCUUCCGCCGAAGCUGAGGAUAUCCAGCACGUCGGCGUCUUUUUAGGAUGUCCGCUGGUGACUGGCACGUCAGACUUCAGCAUGGUUAAGGAAUCUGCAGUGGUGAUAAUUUGCACUCGCGAAACGACGAACGGUGAAGAUCCGAACGUGAAGCACAACUUGAAGGUGUUCAAAAAGAUCAUACCAGCCAUAGCCAGAUUCGCUUGCAAAUCCGUUCUGUUGAUUGUGACUCAGCCACCAGACGUGAUGUCUUAUAUUGCUUGGAAAUUGUCCGGAUUUCCCUCGAACCGCGUUCUCGGAGUUGGUACCCUGAUCGACUGCGUCAGAUUCCAGGAUUACAUGAGCAAGAGACUGAACGUGGCACGAAGCUCUAUUAGUGUCAUGGCUGUUGGAGCGCAGGGAGAUAUGGCUGUUCCUAUAUGGUCAAGUAUCCACGUAGGGGGAAUGAAGCUCCGAGACAUAAAUCCCAGAAUCGGCGAACAAGACGAUCCAGAGAAGUGGGUCGAAAUCGCUGAUAGCGUAAAGAACGUUGGUAAAGAAUUGGAGGAGAAGAAGGGGUCGUGUUGUUGGGGUAUUGCAAUCUCCACAGCUGAAAUCGUUGAUGCUAUUGUUAGGAACACGAAAGUCGUGCUUCCGGCAUCCACGCAUAUCCUUAGUUGCUCUCACGGCACGGACAAGGACGUGUACAUGUCGGUGCCGUGCGUGAUCGGCCGCGAGGGCGUAUACUGCACCGUGCGACAGAAACUGAGCGAACAUGAGAAAGCCGCGGUGCAGACUUGCGCGGACAAGAUCCGAACCAUACUGAGAGAGUGCGGCAUCCUACAGGAGACCAACAACGACACUGAGCAGUGAGAAGCGUCAUGGGUGGAGGAGAGUGCUACCGGAAACAGCGCGAGACCGCGAGGAAGCAACGUUUUAGAAUCAGGCGUCUUCAUCAAUAACGAGCGGGCGCACCUGCCGACCGGUUCUCUAUACGUGUACCUGAUCAGUGUAAUAAAUGACAGUACAAGAAUCGACUUCCUAGAAAACUACCGCGUCCGUUUGUCGUAAACCAAUGUUAGUGUACUUUCUAUCAUGUUAUCAACUCUUUGCAAUGGUCGUGAAUGAAUCAUCUGUUGAUGGAUUAUGUAAACAGCAGCUUGAGAACAUCGUUUAAAGAAAUAUUGAGUACCAUUUAUAAUGCAAAAAUCGACGACCAGCGUAAUUCCAUUUAAUAAAUUAAUAUUUGUAAUAUUCAUCAUCGAUCAGAAAAGCUUGUAAUUUUACUUCCGAAACUAAUAUUUCAAAAUCAAUGCAAAAAUACCAUGGAUACCAAUUCGUUGUAAAAUUGGACAAAAUUAUACCCACCAGUAUUUCGUAUAUUCCGUUAGAUUGUAUCUAAGCAAUCGUAGGGAUAAAAGCAGGUUUCGAAACUAUUCAAUCAUAUGUAGUAAUAACAUGCUUAAAACGGAAGGGAUCUAACACGAAGGCUGAUGUUCAAUUAGGAAUUUAAUAUUCGUAUGGUGCUACGAGCAACUGGAUCUCAAAUGUCUGCCUCUUGUGACUGGCAAAACGGAAAUUGAAAUUCGCACGUGUUCGAUGGUAACGCACCCCUUCUGUGCCAAUUCGACAGCUGCCCUUUCACCAAUUACGAUGGCCAAGAAA